AUGUAUCAGCUGAUCCGUGAAUACUCCGAUCAGCGCGAGGCUAUGCUUGAAAUUAGGUCUCGAUGUGCCAGUCAUCGCCGUAUGAUCGUUAUUGUCAAGAAGAAUUUAGGGCUGGAGAGAAUUUGUCUUAUCGCCAAAAAGUGUAACGACCAGCCUCUGGAAUCGCUGGACUAUGCUUUGCAUACCUAG